AUGAAGAAUAGCCAUCUGCGAGCUGAGAUCAUACUUGAUCGUGCGGAUGAGACCUUCAUGCCGGGAGAUGUUGUUUGGGGAUCUGUAAAAAUAUUCGUUAUUCAGGAUAUCGAGGUUGCUGAAGCUUAUGUUUCAACCGAGGGAAGCACUUUUAUCGAACUACAACGUGCUGGUAUGGGCAGUGCUCAAGGUGUUGUGGUCACAACGGAGGAACGAAUCUUCUUAAAGACAGAGGAGAAAUUAAUAGGUAACAAAGAGCGACCUGCCAUGCUUAUCGGAAAGGGAAAAUCAGAAAUACUAGCAUUCAAACUGAAAAUUACACUUUGUGCGAAUCGGAUAUGCAGUCACCACGUUGACAACGAAGAACUCCGAGAAGAACAUCGGCUACUUCCUCCCUGUCUUUCAAUUGGUGGCCCUGAUACAGUGAAGACUCGAUAUCGUGUCAACUUUGUCAGUAAGGAAAGAUCUAUGCAUAGUUUGCAUAGUUCGUUCACCACACAGGCUGUCGCUCGCAAAUCGAUCGUUGUGCUUCCCACCCGGUCGACUCGACCAAUGCCUCUUUUCACAGGUCCACGGUCCAAACAAAAGGACCAAAGGGCUUUGUUUAGGACAUCAGUUUUAAGGGAAAUGCAAAUUUUAUCGCAUCAGCCAUCGGCGAUAGUUUUUGAUGCCCAAAAAGCAGGACCAUUUUCAACUGAGGCAAUAUCUGAGGACUUGGUAUUGAAAGUCACGUCGAAAAGCGAAGCAGACCUCAGUUCUUAUACGUGA